AUGAAGCGCUUGAUUACUGUUGAGAGAAAUGUCUUGUAUCCCAUUGUCGACAUUGCGCUCAUCGAUGGAACUUGCGUUUUUCGACUCGUUCAAGGCUUGGAUCCACGGGUGGCUAACGGAUUGCUGAAGAUCGAUUCGAGGAGUAUGGGCUACCUCUUUUUCAUCUUCAAAACGAUGGAAGAUAUGGCUUCGAGAGCUUUUCUCUCACAAUGGAAGACUUGGACCGGCGCAAGACUCUUUCGAAAUGCUCUCAACCCAGAAAUCCCGAUGGGUCGAAUCUCAUUCUUUCGAAAAGCUUCCGGUGCAUUGGAUUUCGAAUUUUUGCUGCUAGUUGAGAUGCCUACGUUUAAGCAACACGCGGCACCGAUUUUGAACGCGUUGAAUUUGGUGAGACCUCGGGUGAACGCAUUCGUCGGUUGCUAUAUAGACGAGAAUUUUCAGGUAAAUGCUAGCCUCGGCGGGCGACUAUUUUCCCGUCAAUUGCAAGAGCUUACCUCCGAAAAUGAACAUAUCGAUGAUUUGAUCGAAGCGACAACGUUGAGGAUACGAUUCAACAACAAUUCUGCAAAACUCGAAGCAGAUGGUCUUGUUGCUGGCGGGGAAUGUAUUUUGAAGAAAAUUGAAGCAAACGCGGAAAUUGUUGACGAGAACGCGAAUUUCCCACCACCCGAGCCAGCGCCGGCGCUUUUUCUGAAAAGAACCGGUGCAACACAAACGGAUUCAGAGGAGGAUCAACAAAAUAGGCAUAUUAGCACGCAAACAGAACCCCUUCCACCAGUGGAGAAACCAUUAAAAGUCGACAAAGACAACUCACCGAUGAGUGGCGGAGACUCGAGAAGGCACAGUUUACAUUCGAUUCCAAGAACCACAGCUGUUCACGAUUUUUCAACCCUUUUUCGUGAUGACUCAUUUCUUAAUGUUCCCAAGAAUAUAAUGGGAGAGAAAAGGCGACUAUCGAAUAAUCGUUUCAACUCGCAAACACAUGUCCAUUUUUGUGAUGAAAAUGAGAAUUGGCAAAAGUUGAGUGAUGAGCUGGAUGGACACUUGAGAAAUAUGAUCAGGCAUUCGCGUAGACGGUCUUCAUCGACGAUUCGGAAAGCCGGCGAGGACAGGGAUCAGUUUUUCAAGCAGCUCCGUGAGAGAUAUUUUAACUCACCCGAUUAUCAUCGUGACGAGCGAAUGGCUGAGUAUCGAACAGUGGUGAUUGUGAAUAACACC